UCCCACUAAAAGGCGUUAUCCCGUGUAACACCUAAUCCGCUCCCUUGCCAGCAGCUACCGUCAGCAACAACAGAAGGAGAUCCCAUCGCCGGCCUUUGCAUUCCUCAUUCCUCAUUCCCUUCCGCUGCGAUUCGCGCGACGACCGGACCGAAAAUGGGGAGCCUGGCAGCGAUUCUGAAACACCCGGAGGAUUUUUACGCGCUCGUGAAGCUGAAGAUCGCAGCCGUCCAAGCAGAGAAGCAGAUCCCUCCCGAUCCGCACUGGGCCUUCUGCUACACGAUGCUCCACAAGGUCUCUAGAAGCUUCGCCCUCGUCAUUCAGCAGCUCCGGCCAGAGCUCCGGAACGCCGUGUGUAUUUUUUAUUUGGUUCUCAGAGCCCUUGAUACUGUUGAGGAUGAUACAAGUAUAUCUUCCGAUAUUAAAGUACCGAUCCUGGAAUCCUUUCACCAGCACAUAUAUGAACGCAACUGGCAUUUCUCAUGCGGUACAAAACAUUACAAGGUUCUCAUGGAUCAGUUUCAUCACGUUUCUACUGCUUUUUCAGAGCUUGGAAAAAGUUAUCAAGAUGCAAUUGAAGAUAUUACCAAAAGAAUGGGUGCAGGAAUGGCAAAAUUUAUAUGCAAGGAGGUGGAAACAGUUGAUGACUAUGAUGAGUAUUGCCACUAUGUGGCGGGACUUGUUGGAUUAGGAUUGUCAAAGCUUUUCCAUGCCUCUGGGUUGGAAGAAUUGGCUUCAGACUCUCUCUCCAACUCAAUGGGUUUAUUCCUUCAGAAAGCAAAUAUUAUUCGAGACUAUCUGGAGGAUAUAAAUGAGAUUCCAAAGUCACGCAUGUUCUGGCCUCGCCAAGUAUGGAGUAAAUACGCUGAUAAACUUGAGGACUUGAAAUAUGAGGAAUGUUCCAUCAAAGCAGUGCAAUGCUUGAAUGAACUGGUCACCAAUGCAUUGACACAUGUGGAAGAUUGCUUGAAGUACAUGUCUGCUUUGCGAGAUCCUGUUGUCUUUCGAUUUUGUGCCAUUCCUCAGAUUAUGGCAAUUGGAACAUUAGCUUUAUGCUAUAACAACCUCGAAGUCUUCAGGGGAGUGGUGAAAAUGAGACGCGGUCUUACUGCUAAGGUUAUCGACCAAACAAGAACGAUGGCUGAUGUCUAUGGCGCUUUCUUUGAUUUUUCUUGCACGUUGAAGGCCAAGGUCGACAAAAACGAUCCGAAUGCCUCACAGACGCUAAGUCAGGUAGAAGCAAUACAGAAGGCUUGCAGGGACUCUGGGCUCUUAAAUAAAAAGAGAUCUUACUUAGUCGAGAGCAAGCCAACAUACAAUUCAGCUCUGAUCAUCAUAAUCUUUGUUCUGCUAGCAGUCUUCUUUGCAUUUCUCUCCACUAAAUGAUCGGCCCGCUCAGCUCAUGGAUCAUCUACAAUCUAUUUGGAGAGACUGAACUUCUAGCCACAGAAUUGCUUUGGAGAUUUUACAUUUUGGCAAGGUCUGAAAUUCUUCUACUUCACAACAACCAUCUCUGAAAGUACUGCUGAAAAUUGAAACUGCUGGCUGCAUCUUGAAAUCGUAUUUUGCAGGUGGCAGGCUGCUAGUUGGCCGCUGUAUAAUUGUGUGGAUUGAAUUUCUAGUGUGUAUUCAUUGAUGCUUUUCAAUAAUUCAUUCAUGUAGAAACAUCUUUUGGAGGAGUUUAGUAGCUCCCUGGAUAGUUUUGAGAA